AUGCCGGACCACUUUACCGCCGAAGAGAACAUGCAAGAGGCCAUGUCAACGACAGAGGACGUAGAGGUGCCAUCCAAUGAGUCACAGCACAGUUCACGCGAAUCUGAGGACCAACAUUCAGAAGUCAAUCAUGAGCCUAUUCAGGAACGAUAUGAAAACCCUUCGUACUCUCGGUUUCGUCGUGUGGCUUCCAAAACAAUUGUUUCUUUCGGACAGAAUGACCCAGAAAAUCCCGUGAAUUGGGGAAGAAGAAGAAAGUUCUUGGUCCUCGCGUCUGGUGUCAUGCAGGUCAUGAACAGCACGAUCGGCUCAUCGAUCUGUAGCAACGCCAUCCCACAGAUCGCCGAGGAAUUUAAUAUCACCAACCAAGCAGCUCUAGUGUUGCCAAUUUCUAUCUUUCUCAUCGGUUACAUUUUGGGACCUUUACUGUGGGGUCCCAGCUCUGAGUACUUCGGGCGGAAGCCACCUUUGCUUAUAGCUUAUUGUGGCUUCAUGAUCUUCACGCUGGCAUGUGCGGUUGCAGAUUCAUAUACCUCGUUGCUCAUAUUCCGGUUACUCAACGGUAUGGUAGCCUCGGCGCCUAUUGCCACUGUCGGUGGAUUGUUUGCGGACGUCCAUGAUGAUCCCACGCUUCGAGGUCGAUUGAUGGCUUAUUUUAUGGCCUGCACAACCUUUGGACCCAUCAUCGGACCCUGGGUAUCGGGUUUUGUUGCUGUCGUUAGCUGGCGAUGGUGUUUCUGGAUCGGACUAAUUUGCUCGGGGGCGACUCUCCCAUUGGUCAUCUUCAUGCCAGAAACCUAUGGACCGGUGAUCCUGAAGCGUCGUGCGCACAAACUACGCAAAGAUACUGGCAACUCGAGCAUUGUCUCGCCGUUGGACGUGGAAAGCCACAACCUACAAGAAAUGUUCCUCAUCACGAUAUCACGACCUUUCCGUAUGAUUAUGCACGAGUAUAUCGUUUCUCUGAGUUCCUUGUAUCUCGCGCUUGCAUACGCGAUUUUCUACCUCUAUUUCGAGGCUUACCCUAUCAUUUUCCAAGGCAUUUACAAAAUGAGCCCUGGUGUCUCUGGUCUAAUGUUUCUGCCAAUCGGCAUCGGCGCCAUCCUUGCAUGCGGAGUUUUUCUAUGGUACGAUGGCUAUCUAGCGCGAGCCAAAGCCCGCAACGCCGAAUGGGCCUUCAUCGAAGAAUACCGAAGACUUCCCCUCGCCUGCAUCGGAGGACCUCUUUAUGUAAUCUCUCUGUUCUGGGUAGGAUGGACAUCCUCACCAAACAUCCACUGGGUUGUACCCUUCCUCUCCGGAAUCCCCUUCGGAAUGGGAUAUCUCCUCAUUUUCAUGGCAAUGCUCAACUAUCUUACGGACGCCUACGAAACCCUUUCCGCUAGCGCACAAUCUGCUGCAAGCUGCACGCGAAGUAUUCUGGGAGCCGUGAUUCCUCUGGCUGCCAAGCCAAUGUUCGACCGUCUCGGCGUGGCCUGGGCUUGCAGUCUUAUUGCAUUCCUCAGUCUGGUUGUCUCCAUUAUCCCCUUUGCCUUUAUCCGAUAUGGUGACCGGAUUAGAGCUAAUAGCAAGUUCUGCCAGGAACUCAAGCGCCUUAAGGAGGUCGAACGACUAGAGUUGGAAAGAGAGGAGCGUCUUGCUAGUGGCUCUAACGAGCUUAAAUCUGUCCCAUCGUGCAAUACCGGUGGUUCGAUGACGAGGAUUGAUACUGCCCGGAGCCACGCAGACAAGGCAUCGAUCAUUUGUUAA